AUGUCUUCCGAACAAUCCAACGCGCCUCAGUUCGCCAAUGAGAAGGACAUGGAAACCGAAGAAGUGACUCUUCAAUCCGGCGAGAAAGUCACAAUCGGCCGCCCUAAGGGCUCUGCCGCUGCGAAAGCGGAAAUUCAAGCCGCGAUGAAGGACAAUCCUCAAGUCAUGGAAGCUCACGGGCCUGGUUUCACCCUCGACGUGAACUGGCCAGCAGGUCAGUCGGGAUCAACGACUCCUGAAUUCCAAUCCCGAACUGGUAUAUCCAAAUGGAGCAUCCAAACGGGAGGCACGUUCUUCAAAUAUCGAGUCUGGUUUGAGACGGAUCAGACCUACGACUAUCAAUUUCAGGACCAGACGCAUCAGUGGUAUGAGUGCAACGUUUGGCUCAAAGGCGGGCACUAUGUCGACUACAACUCGAAUAUGCCCAAUAUCCAGAAAGUCAGUGGUAGCUAG